AUGGCAAUUACGAAUGCCGAGAGCCCGCACGGGGUACUCUCGACUUCGAACUACGAUCUGUACUCAAGCCAUUCGAACAUGAUUGAGAUUGUUAGUCCGGAUUCUAAUGUCGAGACAAUGAAGGGGUUCCUUGGAGGCGAGUGCGCUGCUAUAGAAACGUUUCCAUCGACUCGAGAGGGUAUUAUCCUGUACAUCACCAACCCCGAUGCGCCCCGAAGGUGCCCACUUCAACUCCGAAGCAAGGGGCAAAGCAGCACGUGCAUAAGCGGGUGCACCGAAAAUGCAACACAGGAACGGGCCUCGAAACGUGCGCGCAGCCGGGUAGACGGAGGCCCAUGGCAUGGACAGUUAUGGUCGGCCCAUAAAGGAGCGCCACCACCUUGGCUUCCAUCGUCGUUGAAUCUAGAUAAAAGGGAGAAGUUGAGCAGUAAUCAGAGGGAAAGGGAUUCGCAGCCUGUAUACAUCAGAUCAACCAGAGGAAAUAGAGGACAGUCCGGCCCUCCGGUACCCGCAACCCGUAUUGUGUAUUCAAGAUCCCGUACAACAGCACAAGAACAAAGGAAGCACAUUCUCUUAUCAGCCAUGAAUGGCGCGAAUGUUUGCUCUACGAAAACAGUGACGUCAAGCACCAUCACUGGCCAG